AGGCGCGAGAGGCGGGGGCGUCGUCACGUGCUCUCGCCGUGAUGGCGGCGCCCUGGGCCGGCCUAUCGCCGCCCUCGGUCAGGUGACGGAGGCGGCUCCGGGGCUCGGGGUCCUGGACUCGCCCGCGAUGCUGCGGAACGGAGCGGCCGAGGCUUCCCCCAGCCCCGCGGCGGGCAGCGCCGCCGCCCCCAGGCCCGUCCGCGUGUGGUGCGAUGGAUGCUAUGAUAUGGUGCAUUAUGGCCACUCGAAUCAGCUGCGCCAGGCUCGGGCCAUGGGAGACUAUCUCAUUGUGGGAAUCCACACGGAUGAGGAGAUUGCCAAGCACAAGGGACCACCUGUCUUUACCCAGGAGGAGAGGUACAAAAUGGUGCAAGCUAUCAAGUGGGUGGAUGAGAUUGCUCCAAGAGCUCCCUAUGUCACCACGCUGGAAACCCUGGACAAGUAUAACUGUGACUUCUGUGUGCACGGCAAUGACAUCACACUAACUGUAGAUGGCAAAGACACCUAUGAAGAGGUGAAGGCAGCUGGGAGAUACAGGGAAUGUAAUCGCACCCAAGGAGUGUCCACUACUGAUCUGGUUGGUCGCAUGUUGCUCAUGACCAAGGCUCACCACAGCAACAUAGAUGAAGACCUGGAUUACCGGAAGCACAAGGAUAACUUUGGGAAGGGCCCUAAAGGUCACAGCCCCUGGACUGGAGUCUCUCAGUUCCUGCAGACAUCCCAAAAGAUCAUCCAGUUUGCAUCUGGGAAGGAGCCGCAGCCUGGAGACACCAUCAUCUAUGUGGCUGGAGCUUUUGACCUGUUCCACAUUGGGCACGUGGAUUUCCUGGAGAAGGUACAUCUGCUGGCUGAGAGACCCUACAUCAUUGCUGGGCUGCACUUUGAUCAGGAAGUGAAUCGCUACAAAGGGAAGAACUAUCCCAUCAUGAACAUCCACGAGAGAACUCUUAGCGUCCUGGCAUGCAGGUAUGUGUCUGAGGUGGUGAUUGGUGCCCCAUACGCAGUUACUGCCGAUCUGCUGGAUCACUUCAAGGUGGAAGUUGUGUGUCAUGGGCUGACUGAGGUGGUGCCAGAUAAGGACGGUUCCGAUCCUUACCAGGAGCCCAAGAGACGUGGCAUUUUCCAGCUGGUGGACAGUGGCAGCAACCUCACUACAGAUCUGAUUGUGCAAAGAAUCAUUAAGAACAGGUUGGAGUUUGAAGCCAGGAACCAGAAGAAAGAAGCAAAAGAGCUGGCUGUGCUGGAGGCCAUGAAGAAAAUGGAGGAAGAGGAGCAUGAGAAAGGCCUGCAGGGCUAGGAUGAUUGAGGAAAAAGUGUGUGGAGGGGAGAGCACAGCAGUGUUCUCUCUUCUGGAGAAGCAAAUCAAGCCUUUCUAGGGCAUACCCUAGGCAAGGACAGUGCUGCUGGCCCCAACAAGGCAUCUAUCUUCUCGCACAUUCUUCCCUCUUCAGAUCCUACUGCAGAUUGUGCAGAGAUGACCAGCUGGGAUGCUGCUUUGUAGUUUUCUCUUAAUCAGCCCCAGCCACCUCCUUUCCGAGGAGGAGAUUUGUUUUCCCCCUUUAAAGGAAGUUUUAAUUCUAUUGAAUGUUUGAACAUGUUGUGGUUUUACCUUCUGCCAGUUCUGGCUUCUGACACGUGGGAAGUGCUGUGCCCUCUGCAGGACUCUGCUCCCCUUGCUGUGGCAUUUUGGUUGGUUGUGCUGUUUGGAGUCUGUCUGCUUCAGAUCAUCCUUUCAGUUUUUCUGCUAUCAACAAGAAUUUUACAAAUUGAAGAGUCUACUGCUGCCCAAACCCUUGAUCUUGACUUCUGAGCACCUAGCAUUUGUAGUGAGAGCUUGUGGGUGCUUAGCGUCUGUGAGAAUCAUUCAGGCCCUUACCCUGUAGCAGUGUCCCUCACAGUUGAUACAGAGCAUCAGUUGCUGUCUUUGGGAGACAAACUCCAGCUAAGGUGUGUGCUGAGCUACUUGCUCUGUACAUGGGCAGGUGCUGGGAAUAGGCCAUUCCCUUAUGAAGUGCUCAGAUCUGCUUCUGCUCCUUUGGUGCUGGUUCAAACAGCUUAGGGAAAGACUCUCUAUGGUGCCUGUGGCUGGUGCUAAUGCAUUGCCAGCUUCCAUACUGAGAAACAGUGGCUCGGUGACCUGGGAAAGAGCGGUGGGAUGGGGUAGGCAGUGCAGCUAGCAGGAGCAUGGGGGGAGGUCUCUGUGCCAAUAGUUCCCUAAGGGGAAGCAGGGAGGCUAUGAGCUACACUAAGCAGGUGCUUUCCCUGGGCCCCUCUUCCUACAGCAGCAAGGGUGUGGACUUUAGUCCUCACUACACUGGGUUUUCUCCUUGCCCUUGCUGCCCGUUACAGCUUGCGGGCUGCUGUCUCCCCUGUAUCCUAACCAGGGAGCGGGCCGUCCACCUGCCCCUGCAUGUGAGUGGGAGCGCUGCACCGUGGCUGGGGAGUAGCAGGGCGCUGGGUCUCACCUUAGGCGGGCUGCACAGUGCUGCCCGCCUGGCCAUUUUCUGUCCGUUGCUGUUGUACGUUUGGUGGAAGUUAAUAAACUCAUUGAGCUGUU